AAAAUACUAAAAAAAGUCCAUAUUUUCAGAACUCAAUGGAAAGUUAGGCAGUUGGGUUUAUGAGCAUUUGGAGUCGACGUUCACACUUCAUAACACCCAUUUCCAUUUUCUUCCUCCUCAGAUCUCUCUUUAUAUAUCUCUCUCUGUAAUUUCUUCUCUUUUCAAAAAAGGGUCCUCCUUUGAGUCUCUCUUAAACCUUCUUACCUCACCAGUUGACCAGUUGAAACCUCACGUGUUUCUUGGAUUCAUCGUCUAUCAUAGCUUCCUCCUCUUGAGCUCAGGCUAAAAAGAGCUUCUUUUUUGUGGGCAGGGGGUUAUCUUUCAUCUGCAUUUGUUAGUCCCUGGAUUUCAAUCGUUUAAGGUUUGAUUGGGCAUGAAGACAUUUGGCAAUGGAGAAGUUGAUUUGGAAGGCGGAGGUAAAUUGGAAAAGACUAUAAGAAAUGAGAGCAAGUCAUACAGAAUGAACAACCAGUCGUUGUUAUCUGGAAUUGCAUAUUGCGUUUCUUCGUGUAGUAUGAUACUCGUUAAUAAAUACGUGCUUUCCAGUUAUAAUUUCAAUGCUGGCAUUUCUUUGAUGCUUUACCAGAAUUUGGUUUCGGUGGUGGUGGUAGCUAGUUUGAGUUUUUUGGGUGUGGUUUCAACUGAACCACUUACAUGGAAAUUGAUCAAAGUUUGGUUGCCUGUAAACGUUAUAUUUGUGGGGAUGUUAGUCACAAGUAUGUUUAGUCUCAAGUAUAUAAAUGUAGCCAUGGUUACUGUCUUGAAGAACGUUACUAAUGUAAUGACUGCUGUGGGAGAGAUGUAUCUGUUCAAUAAGCAUCACGAUAACAGAGUUUGGGCCGCUCUUUUCUUAAUGAUUAUUUCAGCAAUUUCAGGAGGAAUUACAGAUUUAUCGUUUCAUAGUGUUGGUUAUGCAUGGCAGUUUGCUAAUUGUCUCUUGACAGCUUCUUAUUCUUUAAUACUGAGAAGGGUGAUGGACACGGCAAAACAAGUAACAAAAUCUGGAAACUUGAACGAGUUCUCAAUGGUCUUGCUAAACAACACCCUUUCGUUGCCAUUAGGAAUCGUGCUUAUUUUCGUGUUCAAUGAAGUGGACUACCUUUCUCAAACACCACUUUUGAGGAUUCCUACCUUCUGGUUGGUAAUGACAUUGAGCGGAUUCUUGGGUUUAGCCAUAAGUUUCACUUCCAUGUGGUUCCUUCAUCAAACGAGUGCCACCACUUACAGCCUCAUUGGAUCAUUGAACAAAAUCCCCCUCUCAGUCGCGGGAAUUCUUCUUUUCCAUGUCCCCACGAGUCUCGAGAAUUCAGGCAGUAUAUUUUUCGGUCUUGUGGCGGGUAUAUUCUUUGCCAAGGCGAAAAUGAGAGGUAAGUCUCAGGCAGCUUAAAAACAAACCAGGGGAUGGAUGGAUUAUAUUAUAAUAGCUAGGUGUGGAAGAAAGGAAUUAAAUGAUUCCAAUGAGAUGAUGAUGUAAGUUAAAAUUAAUUGAUAUGAUCAAAUGUAAUAAUAAUAUAUAAAGUAUACAUUUGGAAUACUACAUGAGUUUCCUUCUGCUUCUUA